AUGCAUCGACACGCAAGCUACCAGCAGUAUGCUACGGCGCAACCCACCACACAUCGGUACUCCGGGACCUCAAGUGCCUUCAGUGCCUCCGCAAAUCCCAACGAGGAUUGGACCAAGAUCUCGGAUCUUGCUGAGCGCCGAAGAAUACAGAACCGCAUUGCCCAGCGCAAUUACCGCAAGAAGCUGAAAAAGAGGCUUGAAGAUCUCGAACGCCGGGCCGCCUCUAGCUCUGCUUCACCGGAGCAGAAGCCUGUAGAGUUGCAACCACCACAUCGAUCGCCGCCCCGCCAGGAAUUCUCGUCCCCAGCCUCAUCGGAGUCGGACUUUGGUCGUCAUACGCCCGAUAUCCAAAGCCAUUACGUUCCUCCACCCGAGGAGCGUGCCAUGUUCUCGCAUCAGUACACGCGGCAGCUGUCUACUUCCCCGCCGCCUUUCUCGUAUUCUACGUAUCCCGCUCCAGAUGCGGCUGCGUACACGGUGCCAUAUGCAACAACACAUGCGCCCUACCAUUCGAUACCCACCACUACGACUCCGGAGAUGCCGAUGUACACACCGUACCUGCCACCGCUCUCCUCAGCCUACCCUACGACGCUCCCUAGCCUCGUACACCCAAUGAAGAGCGAAUUCUACGCUGAGGAUGAGAUGAACUCGUUCGGCGUGGGGUAUCCUCAGAUGGCUACUAUUGAUCUUCCUCCUCAUUCUUACGCGGAAGCCGGUGCUCAUGUAAAGAUCCCUCCCCGCAAGACCUACUACGCACAUUAG